ACUGUAAACGUAGUGGGACGUCACACGGCGAGCGGCGCAAGAACGUUCCAUCGCUAUUGGACCUCCCGAAAGCCAUCGAGGUUCCCUUCGGUACAAUUUGACUACCUUGGGCUUUAUGCUCGUACUUUUGGAGCCCGUUUCCAGAUAGCGAGUGACUGUGUGGAUUUUAAUCAAUUUUGGACGCACGCCGGAAACAUUUCUGUCAAACGAAAGUUGAGUCGAGAUGAGUGUGGAGGCGUACGGGCCAAGCUCCCAGACCCUCACCUUCUUGGACACCGAGGAAGCGGAGUUGCUCGGAGCGGACACCCAGGGCUCCGAAUACGACUUCACCGACUUUACCCUCCCGAGCCAAACACAGACCCAGGGCCAGACUCAGAGCCAGUUGGACAGUCAGGUUAACGGUCCGGACGAGGGGCUCCACAACGGCGGUAUCGAUGACUCUGUGGCCAAAGCCAGUCAGCUGUUAGCCGAACUCAAUUUUGAGGAAGACGAAGAAGACGCCUACUAUACGAAGGACCUGCCGGUGCACGCUUGCAGCUACUGUGGUAUUCAUGAUCCAGCCUGUGUGGUGUACUGCAAUACCAGCAAGAAGUGGUUCUGUAACGGUCGUGGGAACACAUCUGGCAGCCACAUCGUAAACCACUUGGUGCGAGCCAAAUGCAAAGAGGUGACCCUUCACAAGGAUGGACCUUUGGGCGAGACGGUGCUGGAGUGUUACAACUGCGGAUGUCGCAACGUCUUCCUCCUGGGUUUCAUCCCAGCCAAGGCUGAUUCCGUCGUGGUGCUCCUCUGUCGACAGCCGUGCGCCAGCCAGAGUAGCCUGAAGGACAUCAACUGGGAUAGCUCCCAGUGGCAGCCACUCAUCCAAGACCGCUGUUUCCUGUCCUGGCUGGUGAAGAUCCCAUCGGAGCAGGAGCAGCUGCGUGCCCGUCAGAUCACCGCCCAGCAGAUCAACAAACUGGAGGAACUCUGGAAGGACAACCCCGGUGCUACCUUGGAGGACUUGGAGAAACCCGGCGUGGAUGAGGAGCCCCAGCAUGUGCUGCUGCGCUACGAGGACGCUUACCAGUAUCAAAAUAUCUUUGGUCCUUUGGUCAAACUGGAGGCAGACUAUGACAAGAAGCUAAAAGAGUCUCAGACCCAAGACAACAUAACAGUCAGGUGGGACUUGGGCCUGAAUAAGAAGCGGAUUGCGUAUUUCACUCUGCCCAAGACGGAUUCCGAUGAUAUGCGUUUGAUGCAAGGUGAUGAGAUCUGCCUGCGGUACAAAGGCGAUCUGGCCCCGCUCUGGAAAGGGAUCGGCCAUGUCAUCAAGGUCCCGGACAACUACGGGGAUGAAAUUGCUAUUGAAUUGCGGAGCAGUGUUGGAGCCCCUGUGGAAAUUCCACAUAACUUCCAGGUUGACUUUGUGUGGAAAGCCACCUCCUUUGACAGGAUGCAGAGCGCUCUGAAGACCUUUGCUGUGGACGAGACCUCGGUGUCCGGGUACAUUUACCACAAGCUGCUGGGUCACGAAGUGGAAGACGUGACCAUCAAGUGUCAGCUGCCGAAACGCUUCACUGCUCAGGGCCUUCCCGAUCUCAAUCACUCCCAGGUCUAUGCUGUAAAGACUGUGCUGCAGAGACCUCUAAGUCUGAUCCAGGGUCCUCCUGGUACCGGGAAGACCGUCACCUCUGCCACUAUUGUUUACCACCUGUCUCGUCAGGGCAACGGGCCGGUCCUGGUGUGCGCUCCCAGUAACAUUGCAGUGGACCAGUUAACUGAGAAGAUCGACAAGACUGGGCUGAAGGUGGUCAGACUGUGUGCCAAGAGCCGUGAGGCUAUCGAGUCUCCAGUGUCCUUCCUGGCGCUGCAUAACCAGAUCAGCAAUAUGGACAGCAUGCAAGAACUUCAGAAACUCCAGCAGCUAAAGGAUGAGACUGGCGAACUUUCCUCUGCCGACGAGAAGCGCUACAGAGCCUUGAAACGCACGGCUGAGAGGGAGCUGCUCAUGAAUGCGGAUGUGAUCUGCUGCACCUGCGUCGGCGCGGGGGACCCUCGCCUGGCCAAGAUGCAGUUCCGCUCCAUCCUGAUUGACGAGAGCACCCAAGCCACCGAACCGGAGUGCAUGGUGCCCGUUGUGCUUGGAGCAAAGCAGCUCAUCCUGGUGGGUGACCACUGCCAGCUGGGUCCUGUUGUGACAUGCAAGAAGGCAGCCAAGGCAGGGUUGUCACAGUCUCUGUUUGAGCGCCUGGUGGUUCUGGGCAUCCGACCAAUUCGCCUGCAGGUCCAGUACCGAAUGCACCCGGCUCUCAGUGCCUUCCCAUCCAACAUUUUCUACGAGGGCUCCCUGCAGAAUGGCGUCACAGCAGCCGAUCGCAUCAAGAAGGGCUUUGACUUCCAGUGGCCGCAGCCGGACAAACCCAUGUUCUUCUACGUGACUCAAGGCCAGGAGGAGAUUGCCAGCUCUGGAACAUCUUACCUGAACAGGACCGAAGCUGCAAAUGUGGAGAAAAUCACCACCAGGCUCCUGAAGGCUGGAGCCAAGCCGGACCAGAUCGGGAUCAUUACCCCUUACGAGGGUCAGCGUUCCUAUCUGGUCCAGUACAUGCAGUUCAGUGGCUCCUUGCACACCAAACUGUACCAGCAAGUGGAAAUCGCCAGUGUGGACGCCUUCCAGGGCAGAGAGAAAGACUUCAUCAUCCUGUCCUGCGUCCGUGCCAACGAGCACCAGGGCAUCGGGUUCUUAAACGAUCCUCGUCGACUUAAUGUGGCUUUGACCAGAGCCAAAUAUGGAGUGAUCAUUGUGGGGAACCCCAAGGCUCUAUCUAAGCAACCGCUGUGGAACAACCUGCUGAACAACUACAAGGAGCAGAAGGUCCUUGUGGAGGGACCCCUCAACAACCUGAGGGAGAGCCUGAUGCAGUUCAGCAAACCACGCAAACUCGUCAACACCAUCAAUCCCGGCGGUCGUUUCAUGAGCACCGCCAUGUACGAUGCCCGUGAAGCUCUCAUUCCUGGCUCCGCCUACGAUCGCAGCAGUACCGUCGGUCGUCCAUCCAACAUGUACUUCCAAACCCACGACCAGAUUGGCAUGAUCGGCGCCGGUCCUGGUCACAUGGCCGCAAUGAAUCUACCGAUACCUUUCAACCUGGUCAUGCCGCCCAUGCCGCCGCCCAGCUAUCUCGGCCAGACUAACGGACCCGCUGCAGGUCGUGGAGCCAUGAAGGGUAGCAAGCUUGGUCGCGGCGGGCGACAGAGGCCCCGCGGCUCAGCGGUCCAAGGCGCCGGUCACGGACCCCACAGCCAAGCCAGCCAGGACGGGGCCUCGCAGUCCUUCUCGCAGGGGCCCCUGACUCAAGGCUACAUCUCGAUGAGCCAACCUUCCCAGAUGAGCCAACCUGGUUUGUCCCAGCCGGAACUGUCCCAGGACAGUUACUUGGGAGACGAGUUCAAGUCCCAAAUUGACGUGGCUUUGUCCCAGGACUCCACGUACCAGGGUGAACGUGCUUACCAGCAUGGUGGGGUGACCGGCCUGUCACAGUAUUAGAGUGGUGCUUUUGAAGGAAGUGAGCUAGGCUUGAGCUGAGCUUUUAGUUCACCGGCUUUUUAAAUCUGGGAAAUAUUAAAAUCAUAAAAUGGAUACCUGUUUUCCUCUGCUACAAACCGAAGCACCACCGAGUGAAAGCGACGGGAUAGCAAAGCAACGACCAGCGAGCGAAAAUAAAGAUGGCAGAAGAAGCGAGCGCGAAGAAGAGACACAGGCGGAGGGAAGAAGAAAGGCGAGAGAGAGGCCCGGCGAACGAGCAAAGAGACGUGCCCCCCGAUGUGCGAGGAGUCGAGAAAAGACGGCGAUGAAGUGAUGUCAAGGGGGGGUUAACGAGUGGAGACGCCAACGGGGGGGGGGACGCAAAUGAGGCUCACAUCCCCAACCCCAAACGCCCCCAAAACGAGAACACCCUUUCACCUUGCAGCCUCCCGGGAACGCCGUCGGAUGACAACCGAGGCUUUUUUUUCCCCCCCCCAGCUGAGAUUUUCGCAAGAAUUACUGAAGGAGACAAGAUCUUUUCGAUAAGAUCUAGAAAUCAUCCUCAAUUGUCAGCUGGUCGUCCAAAAAAAAAAAAAAAAACACGUGAUGUCCUGGACUGAUGUUAAAUUUGAUGGGAGGACGACAAUCGCCCGCCGCCGCCGCCGCCGCCGCCGCCGCCGCCAUACCAGGCGCUAAAUAAAACCAUCCGGGCCUCCGAAGGAAGUGGCAGUCGACUCUCUCGCUCUCUCUCUCCGUGAGAGGAAACGAAAUACUGUUUCCGUGCUUGAGACUGACGUUCCAGAGCCUUGAAUCGGGGAAAAAAAAAUUCCCUUUCCCGUGGGGAAACUCUGGGUUUUUUUUUUUUUUUUUUUUUUACAAGGUCUUCAAAAUGGAGACAUGUCAGCGGCGAGGGGAUGACAGACUUGUAAUGACGUGCAAACCCCCCUACUUGUGUCGCACUCAUUUUUACGAGACCUUUUUCUUCUCUGAAGUACCUUUUUUUUUUUUUUAAUCAACCGGAGCACAAAAUUGCAAAAAAAAAAAAAAAAAAAAGUGAUUAAUUAAUUAAUUCCACACGACCAGCAAUGAAUAUCAACAGUGUCUGAUGGGGAGUCGUGUCUGGAAAAUUUGACUUGUUUGCCGAACCCUGGCGGAGGGGGUUGAAAACUUGGAAGAGUCCACAAAAACCCCCAUCUGGAGGUGAAGGAGGACUACGUAGACCCAGCACGGAGAUUAUGGUAAUCACAUACAUACACACACAUAUAUAUAUAUAUAUAUGAGCGGGAGAAAAGGAAGGUGGCUCAGAAAGAAAACGGGUUACCGGAUCUUGUCUUGGAGUCGUUCAGAUCCGAGACGUAACAAACUUAGACCAAAAUCUUGUCAGGGUUUGUAAAACAAAACAAAGCCAUUCUCAAAUCAUCCUAAAAAAAAAAAAUCAGUAAGGGACCUUUUUUUUUUUUUUUUUUUCGAGUGCAUUUUAAAAU